CUCACUCCUGAUGCGCGUUCAGUUAGGGGGCGGAGCUUCAGGGCUCCUGUGGAGGUGGUGAGAAAGCGGACAAGUGCGGACAAAAUCCAACUGGCAACUAGACGCCGCGAUUUUCAAUUGGGGACUUUCGCAUGUGAUGGAAUUAAACGAGAAAUCCCGGCCGGAGCAGUUGUGCCGCUGACCACACCGCCAGUGUUUUAUUCCCGACACGGUCUCCUUCUGAAGAAGGCACACCGCAAAGUGGAGCAAAAUGUCAGACAAAAUGUCCAGUUUCCUCCACAUCGGGGACAUCUGCUCCCUGUAUGCGGAGGGAUCCACCAAUGGAUUUAUCAGCACUUUAGGUCUGGUGGACGACCGCUGCGUGGUGCAACCAGAAUCUGGGGACCUAAACAACCCUCCUAAGAAAUUUCGAGACUGUCUGUUCAAGCUGUGUCCAAUGAACAGGUACUCAGCCCAGAAACAGUUCUGGAAAGCAGCAAAACCUGGUGGAAACAGCACCACAGACACUGUACUACUCAACAAAUUGCAUCACGCUGCUGAUUUAGAGAAGAAACAGAAUGAAUCAGAAAACCGGAAGCUGCUGGGAACGGUGAUACAGUAUGGAAAUGUUAUUCAGCUGUUGCAUUUAAAAAGCAAUAAGUACCUUACUGUGAAUAAACGGCUGCCUGCUUUGCUGGAGAAGAACGCCAUGCGUGUGACGCUGGACUCUGCUGGAAAUGAAGGCUCCUGGUUUUACAUCCAGCCCUUUUACAAACUCCGCUCCAUAGGAGACAGUGUUGUGAUUGGGGAUAAAGUGGUUUUGAAUCCCGUAAACGCAGGACAGCCUCUACAUGCCAGCAGCCAUCAGCUGGUGGACAAUCCUGGCUGCAAUGAGGUGAACUCAGUGAACUGCAACACUAGCUGGAAGAUUGUUUUAUUUAUGAAAUGGAGUGACAACAAGGAAAUCAUUCUUAAAGGGGGUGAUGUGGUUCGACUGUUUCAUGCCGAGCAAGAGAAGUUUCUCACUUGCGAUGAACACAGGAAGAAGCAAUAUGUGUUCCUGCGAACCACCGGCCGCCAGUCCGCCACCUCUGCUACCAGCAGCAAAGCACUGUGGGAAGUGGAGGUGGUUCACCAUGACCCGUGUCGCGGUGGCGCUGGUUACUGGAAUAGUCUUUUCAGGUUUAAACACCUGGCCACAGGACACUACCUGGCAGCAGAGGUGAGUGAGGUUAAUCCUGACUAUGAGGAAGAGUCACAGGAAUCACGUUCAUCUGUGGCAGAUUUUUCACCCUUUAACUUCCAGCUGGACUCGGAGCUUGAAGCUCUGCGAGCACGUCUGCGAACACCCAACGAGAAGGUCCUGUACACCCUCGUGUCCGUCCCUGAUGGCAAUGACAUCUCCUCCAUAUUUGAGCUGGAUCCCACCACCCUCAGAGGAGGAGACUCCCUCGUCCCCAGGAGCUCGUAUGUGAGACUGAGGCACUUGUGCACCAAUACAUGGGUCCACAGCACCAACAACCCCAUAGACAAAGAGGAGGAGAAGCCAGUUAUGUUACGGAUUGGCACAUCUCCUAUCAAAGAAGAUAAAGAGGCCUUCGCCAUUGUGCCAGUCCCUCCUGCGGAGGUGAGGGACCUAGACUUAGCCAACGAUGCCAGUAAAGUGUUGGCAUCCAUCGCUGGCAAGCUAGAGAAGGGCACAAUCACCCAGAAUGAAAGAAGGUUUGUCACUAAGCUUCUCGAGGACCUUGUGUUUUUCGUGGUGGACAUUCCCAACAAUGGCCAGGAUGUUUUGGAGAUCAUGGUCAAUAAACCCAACCGUGAACGGCAGAAACUCAUGAGAGAGCAGAAUAUCUUAAAACAGAUUUUUAAGCUGCUUCAGGCCCCAUUCACAGACAGUGGUGAUGGUCCCAUGUUGCGUCUGGAGGAGCUGGGUGACCAGAGACACGCGCCCUUCAGGCACAUCUGCAGACUGUGCUACCGUGUGCUGCGACAUUCACAGCAGGACUACAGGAAGAACCAGGAAUACAUCGCCAAGCAGUUCCGCUUCAUGCAGAAACAGAUUGGCUACGACGUGUUGGCCGAAGAUACAAUAACGGCCCUCCUCCACAACAACCGCAAACUCUUGGAGAAGCACAUCACGGCGGCAGAAAUUGACACGUUUGUUAGCCUUGUGAGGAAAAACCGUGAACCAAGGUUUCUGGACUACCUGUCCGAUCUGUGUGUGUCAAUGAGCAAGUCCAUCCCAGUGACUCAGGAGCUGAUCUGUAACGCGGUGCUGAAUCCUGCCAAUGCUGACAUCCUUAUAGAGACCAAGCUGGUGUUGUCUCGGUUUGAGGUGGAGUCUGGAGAGGGUCCAGUGGAGUCAGAGGAGGAUGAGGAGGAGGUGUGGUUAUUUUGGAAGGACAGUGGUAAGGAGAUCAAGAGUAAGAGUAUCAGAGAGCUGGCACAGGAUGCUAAAGAAGGCCAGCAAGAGGACCAGGAGGUCAUUAGCUACUACAGAUACCAGCUGAACCUGUUUGCACGGAUGUGUUUGGACCGCCAGUACUUGGCCAUAGAGAAGAUAUCAGGCCAGCUGGAUGUAGACCUGAUCCUGCGCUGCAUGUCGGAUGAAGACCUACCCUAUGACCUCCGUGCCUCGUUCUGCCGGCUGAUGCUUCACAUGCAUGUAGACCGUGACCCGCAGGAACAAGUGAUGCCUGUGAAGUACGCCAGGCUGUGGUCCGAGAUCCCGUCCAAGAUCGCCAUCGAUGAUUAUGAUAAUGAUGGAACCAGUAGAGAUGAGAUAAAGGAGCGCUUUGCCCUCACUAUGGACUUUGUGGAGAACUACCUCAGAGAUGUGGUCUGUCAGAAUAUUCCUUUCUCUGAUAAGGAGAAAAACAAACUGACUUUUGAGGUUGUGAACUUGGCAAGAAACCUUAUUUACUUUGGCUUUUACAACUUCAGCGACUUGUUGCGUUUGACUAAGAUCUUGUUGGCCAUUUUGGACUGUGUUCAUGUCAGCACCAUCUAUCCCGUCAACAAAAUGGAAAAAGGAGAUGAGUCCAAAAGUAGCAAUGUAAUGAGAUCCAUCCAUGGUGUUGGGGAGCUGAUGACCCAGGUGGUCCUAAGAGGAGGCGGAUUCUUACCCACAACCCCCACAACACCCCCUGAUGGUGAUGUGGUGAAGACCCAGACAGAACCAGAGAAGGAAGACAUUCUGGUAAUGGACACCAAACUGAAGAUCAUAGAAAUCCUACAGUUUAUACUGAAUGUACGACUGGACUACAGGAUCUCCUGCUUGCUCUGCAUCUUCAAACGUGAGUUUGACGAGAGCAACACGCAAGUGGAUGCAGUGCCAGCUGCGAAUGCAGACGGGCCCAACUGUAUCCCAGCUCUGGACUUUGAGAACAUUGAAGAACAAGCAGAAGGAAUUUUUGGUGGAAGUGAGGAGAACACACCUCUGGAUCUUGAUGACCAUGGUGGAAGAACAUUUUUGAGGGUUCUGCUGCACCUCACUAUGCACGACUAUCCACCGCUUGUGUCUGGAGCCCUACAUUUGCUCUUCAGACACUUCAGCCAGAGACAAGAAGUGCUCAUGGCUUUCAAACAGGUUCAGCUUCUAGUGACCAGUCAGGAUGUUGACAACUACAAGCAGAUCAAAUCAGACCUUGACCAGCUGCGAUCUAAUGUGGAAAAAUCUGAGCUCUGGGUGUACAAGCGACAGGGGGAUGAAGGCAUGGAUGCAGGGGACGGACUCCCAGCAGAGUCUGACCACAAAAAGAAGAGGGACUCUGGUUCGGGCAAAAAAAAGACAGAUGGAAGUGGCAGUGACAAUUACAGAGAUGUGAAGGAGAUCCUGCUGCGUCUCAGCAAACUUUGUGUACAGGAAGGACCAUCAGGGAAGAAGAGUAAGAAACAGCAGCAGAGGUUGUUGAGGAACAUGGGAGCUCAUUCAGUGGUGCUUGAGCUGCUGCAGAUCCCUUAUGAGAAGGGUGAGGACAUUCGAAUGCAAGAAAUUAUGAAACUGGCUCACGAGUUUCUUCAGAACUUCUGUGCAGGCAACCAGCAGAACCAGGCUCUGCUCCACAAACACAUCAACCUGUUCCUCAACCCUGGGAUCCUGGAGGCCAUCACCAUGCAGCACAUCUUCAUGAACAACUUCCAGCUGUGCAGUGAGAUGAACGAGCGCGUCGUGCAGCACUUCGUCCACUGCAUCGAGACCCACGGCAGACACGUGCAGUACCUGAAGUUCCUGCAGACCAUCGUCAAGGCCGAGAACAAAUUUAUCAAAAAAUGCCAGGAUAUCGUAAUGGCUGAGUUGGUGAACUCAGGAGAGGAUGUGCUGGUCUUUUAUAAUGACCGGGCCUCCUUCCAGACUCUGGUCCAGAUGAUGCGUUCGGAGCGUGACCGGAUGGAUGAAAACAGCCCCCUCAUGUACCACAUCCACCUGGUGGAGCUGCUGGCCGUCUGCACGGAGGGCAAAAACGUCUACACCGAGAUCAAGUGCAACUCCUUGUUGCCGUUGGACGAUAUUGUCCGUGUGGUUACACACAAAGACUGCAUCCCUGAGGUCUGCAACAAUACAAGCGACCGCAAACAUGCUGACACGACGUUAGAAAGCUACGUGACAGAAACCGUGAUGAGUAUUGUGACGACAUUUUUCAGCUCCCCUUUCUCCGACCAAAGCACUAGUUUACAGGUGGCACAUCAUAUGUACGCCUCCAUUUUAGGCAAAAUAACUGAGACCCGGCAGCCUGUGUUUGUGCAGCUCCUGCAGGGGGUUUUCAGAGUUUACCACUGUAACUGGCUCGUUCCUGCCCAGAAAGCCUCAGUGGAGAGCUGUAUUAAGGUUCUGUCUGAUGUGGCCAAGAGCAGAGCGAUCGCCAUCCCUGUGGAUUUGGACAGCCAGGUGAACAACCUGUUUGUGAAGUCCAACAAUGUGGUACAGAAAACCAUCCUCAAUUGGAGGAUGUCAGCUCGCAACGCGUCCAGAAGAGACUCAACGCUCACCACUUCCAAAGAUUACAGGAACAUCAUUGAGAGGCUGCAGGACAUCGUGUCUGCUCUGGAGGAUCGUCUGCGGCCGCUGGUUCAAGCUGAGCUCUCUGUGUUGGUGGAUGUACUGCAUCGCCCAGAGCUGCUCUUCCCCGAAAACACAGAUGCUCGACGGAAAUGCGAGAGCGGAGGCUUCAUUUCUAAAUUAAUAAAACACACUAAACAGCUUUUAGAGGAGAACGAGGAGCGUUUGUGUAUAAAAGUUCUGCAGACACUUCGAGAAAUGAUGACGAAGGACCGCGGCUAUGGGGAAAAGCUAAUUGCCUUUGAUGAUGAGCUGGAUGUGGCUGAGCUUGCACCCCCACCAGAACCAGAGGUCCCAGCAGAGGAGUUUGAUCCAAACCAGCCCCAGAAGCAACUGGAGGAUCAGAGAAGGAGUGAAGCUUUGAGGCAAGUCCUGGUGAACCGUUACUAUGGCAACUUCAAGCCGGGAGGCAGGCGAGACAGUUUGACCAAUUUCAGCAACGGGCCGCUCACCCCCGGCGGGCAGUCCAAGACUCCUACAGGAGGUGGUGGAGGUUCAGUGGGCAGUCGAGGGGAGAUUAGCCUGGCAGAAGUGCAGUGUCAUCUGGACAGAGAAGGUGCGUCUGACCUGGUCAUUGACCUCAUCAUGAACGCCACGAGUGACCGAAUCUUCCAGGAAAGCAUCCUGCUGGCCAUCGCUCUGCUGGAGGGAGGGAACCCUGUCAUACAGCGGUCGUUUUUCUGCCGUCUGACAGGCGACAGUAAGUCAGAGAAGUUCUUCAAAGUGUUUUACGAGCGGAUGAAGCUGGCCCAGCAAGAGAUCAAGGCAACUGUGACAGUGAACACCAGCGAUCUGGGCAGCAAGCGCAAAGACGAGGACGCCAGCGACAAGGACAACCAAACACGCAAGAAAGUCAAGGAGGUGGCUGUAGUGACCGAGGAAGUGCGAGAGCAGCUUCUUGAAGCAUCUACGGCCACAAAGAAGGCCUUCACCGCUUACCGAAGGGAGGCGGACGCCGACGAGCAUCAGAAUGUGGCGGAGGUGCAGAGUAGCACAGGCGAGAAGAACCAGGAUGACAACGAGAUGAGCGUCAUCAUAACCAUCAUGCAGCCAAUCCUGCGCCUCCUGCAGCUGCUUUGUGAAAACCACAACCGUGAACUGCAGAACUUCCUUCGCUGUCAGAACAACAAAAACAACUACAACCUGGUGUGUGAGACGCUGCAGUUCCUGGAUUGUAUAUGUGGCAGCACUACAGGAGGUCUGGGGCUGCUGGGGCUUUAUAUUAACGAGAAGAACGUCGCUCUCAUAAACCAGACUGUGGAGAGCCUGACAGAGUACUGCCAGGGGCCUUGCCAUGAAAACCAGAACUGCAUUGCCACACAUGAAUGUAACGGCAUUGACAUCAUCAUCGCGCUCAUCCUCAAUGACAUCAACCCUCUGGGAAAGAAGAGGAUGGACUUGGUCCUGGAGCUCAAGAAUAACGCCUCAAAACUGCUGCUUGCCAUCAUGGAAAGCCGCCACGACAGUGAGAAUGCGGAGAGAAUCCUGUAUAACAUGAGGCCUAAAGAACUGGUGGAGGUGAUCAAAAAGGCCUACAUGCAGGGAGAGAUUGAAGUAGAACACAACGAGGAUGAUGAGAAUGGCGAGGAAGAGCACGCCGCUUCUCCACUAAAUGUGGGUCACAACAUCUACAUCCUGGCCCAUCAGCUCGCCAGACACAACAAGGAACUCCAGGCCAUGCUGAAGCCAGGAGGGACGUACGGGGAGGGAGAUGAAGCUUUGGAGUACUACGCCAAACACACAGCCCAAAUCGAGAUCGUCCGCCUGGAUCGCACAAUGGAGCAGAUCGUUUUUCCCGUCCCCAACAUAUGCGAGUUCCUAACCCAGGAGUCCAAGCUCCGUGUCUAUUACACCACAGAGCGCGAUGAGCAGGGCAGCAAGAUCAACGACUUCUUCUUACGCUCUGAAGACCUCUUCAACGAAAUGAACUGGCAGAAGAAGCUGCGAGGUACUCAAGAGGCCACUGGUAACGCAAACUCCGUGCCUUCUCAGCCCAUCCUGUACUGGUGUUCCCGUAACAUGUCCUUUUGGAGCAGCAUUUCCUUUAAUCUCGCCGUCCUCAUGAACCUGUUGGUAGCAUUCUUCUAUCCACUGGAAGGAGUGCGCGGAGGCACCCUGGAGCCACACCUCUCUGCACUGCUUUGGGCGGCAAUGUUGGUUUCACUGGCCAUAGUUAUAGUGCUACCCCAGCCUCAUGGGAUUCGGGCGCUCAUCGCUUCCACCAUAUUACGCCUCAUAUUUUCGGUCGGCCUGGAGCCCACACUGUUUCUUCUCGGGGCCUUCAAUGUGUGCAAUAAAGUGAUUUUUCUAAUGAGUUUCGUGGGAAAUCGCGGUACGUUCACGAGAGGAUACAAGGCCAUGAUCAUGGAUGUGGAGUUCCUGUAUCAUCUGCUUUACCUCAUUAUAUGCAGCCUUGGAGUCUUUGUUCAUGUCUUCUUCUACAGCUUGCUUCUCUUUGACCUGAUCUACCGAGAGGAGACGCUGUUAAACGUCAUCAAGAGCGUAACCAGGAAUGGCCGCUCGAUCGUUUUGACCGCCGUGCUGGCUCUCAUCCUGGUCUACCUCUUCUCCAUUGUUGGAUACAUCAUCUUCAAGGAUGACUUCAUCCUGACCGUGGACAGGAUAUCCAAUAAAACUCUUGAGCAAUCCGCCAGUAAGAUGGGAGAGUUCCUGGCAGGCGCGGUGUGUCGGAAAGAGGAGAACUGUUCCACGGAGACCAUGAUGGAUGCUGUAGGAGUACAGUCGACCGCUGUCGUGAUUGAGGAUAAGGAGAGGACGUGCGACUCGCUGCUCAUGUGUAUCGUCACUGUCUUGAGCCACGGUCUGAGGAGCGGCGGUGGGGUCGGAGAUGUUUUGCGGAAACCUUCUAAAGAGGAGCCUCUAUUUGCAGCCCGUGUGAUCUACGACCUCCUCUUCUUCUUCAUGGUGAUCAUCAUUGUCCUCAACCUCAUUUUUGGAGUCAUCAUUGACACCUUUGCUGACCUCAGAAGUGAAAAGCAGAAGAAAGAGGAGGUUCUGAAAACGACUUGCUUUAUUUGUGGUUUGGAGAGGGACAAGUUUGACAACAAAACAGUGACGUUUGAGGAGCACAUUAAGGUGGAGCACAACAUGUGGCAUUAUCUCUUCUUCAUCGUGCUGGUGAAAGUGAAAGACUCCACGGAGUUCACAGGGCCAGAGAGCUAUGUGGCCGAAAUGAUCCGGGAACUCAACUUGGACUGGUUUCCACGCAUGCGGGCCAUGUCGCUGGUUAGCAGCGAUGCCGAGGGCGAACAGAACGAGAUCAGGAAUCUUCAGGAGAAACUUGAAUCCACCAUGAAGCUGGUCUCGAACCUGUCAGGCCAACUGACUGAACUGAAAGAGCAGAUGACAGAGCAGAGGAAACAGAAACAGAGGAUCGGGCUACUGGGACACCCCCAACACAUGAACGUGAACCCCCAGCAGCCCGCCUGAACCUCCGUUCCACCGGCCAAGUGUCCUACAGCUGUCUCCUGCAGCCAUCGAUCGCAUCAGCCUUUCCGUGUGCGUGUGUAUGAGCGUGUGCGUGUCAAGACAUCACAGACACAUCAUCACCACAACCUGCUGUGUACACCCAAAAUAAAUGGCUGUAGGCCACCAGGAAAGUAUAAAAGACUUUCACCCCGUUCCUCACAUCCAUUUGAGUGCCAAAUGUUUCUGUGUGUUAAAGAGGAAGUGAAUUUGCAUCACUCUUCCACAGAGUGACAACAAGCUACACUAGAUACUGCACGACUUACGAACAUGUGCUGCAGCCUGUAGAUGCUGCUUGGACACACAUCUUUUUGUAUUGACCCAUAGCAGUCAGUAUUUGAUGUCUUAUUUUUGUAUUUUGUGCAAUAUUAAUACUUUAAUAUGCAACAUCUGUAUAUUAUGUCUUAAAGGGACGGUGCAGUAAUUUAUUUUUCUUUUGUUCUUUUGCUUUGAUUAUAAUGAAAUACAUUAGAGACCAGGUAUUGUAGGAAUACUGUUAGCAAAGUGAAGUUUGACAUCAGAUAUGAUAUGUAUAUGGGGGAAAAAACGCCUUUUUUGUAUUUAAGUUCAUUUAUUUAUAUCAACAUAUAU